CAUUGCGGCUCCUCUCCCCACAACAACACUGCUACACUCACACACUCGGACACCCAAACACCAUAAUACUGUGCCCUAGUGUCCUGUGAGCCUCCUUGACGACAUGUGACUCCCCCUGCAGCUCACGUAGCCUCCAGGGGCAGCCAUGGCGUCUGAAAUAGAGACAUACAUCGCCCAGAACUGUGUGUGGGAGAAACUUCCUCUCUCCGUCAAACAGCUGCUGGGGAACUCACAGAAGGAGUAUGAGAAGCAGGUGGCGGAGUACAGCAUCAAGACACAGCAGAGGUUCAGGGGAAACUUAGUACGUCAAAUAGUGAAGAAUGAAAGGUCUUACUACGAGGACCUGCUUUCCUACAGCCGGGCUCACCUCAUGAUGUACCCUUACCACCUCUCCGACAUGGUGGUGAAGGGCCUCCGAGUGACGCCCUUCCAGUAUUACAUCUCCAUCCUCACCGAGAUCAUGACGGCUGAGAAAAGCUACGAUUCAUUGCCUAAUUUCACGGCUGCUGAUUGUCUGCGUCUCCUGGGCAUCGGUCGGAACCAGUACAUUGACCUCAUGAACCAGUGCAGGUCGAGCCGCAAGCUGUUUAGGAAGAAGAACGUAAGGGACCUCCUGCCAGCGUGUCCUUCAGAGAUCACAGUGGAGUCUUGGUGGAUGGUGUGUGUUGGCUGCAUCACCGAGGACGACAUAAAGAGCUUGGUGAAGGAGAGGGAGAAGGUGGUGAUUGACUCCCUGAUAGAUGAAGGACCACAGAAGGCUGGUGACCUGGACAAGGAGUGCGUUCAUAGCUUAUAUGCGAAGGGUCUGGUGUACCUGGAUGUGCCAAUCAACGACACAGACCUAAUUUCUGUACCACCGCUGGAAGGCUUUGUGAUGAACAGAGUACUGGGCGACUACCUGGAGAGCCUCAUGUAUAAAAUCUUUGUCUCCAUUGAUGAACACACCCAUGUCUGUGAGCUGGCCAAGAUGCUGGAGAUCGACCUGUCUCUCGUCAAGGUGGCCAUCUCUCUCUUCUGCCGCCUUGGGUUUGCCCACAAAAACGCUGAGACGUCCACACUGGAGAUGCAUCCGUCUUGGGAAGCUGCCACCACCUCUCUCAACUCUAGGAAGAACAUGCCAGCGUCCACCACCGCAGACGACCUCCUUCUGCUCGAGCUGGAGUCUGCACUUGCCGAGAGCACACCAGGGGAGGGAGGCAUGGAAGACCCAGGCCAGACCACCCCCCAUACCCCCUUGGAUGACCCACUGGCUUCUGGGUUCUCCUUUCCUGGCCAAAACAAAAGGAUCGCGUUUUUGUACGACUCAACACUCACUGCUUUUCUCAUGAUGGGCAAUUUGUCGCAGGGUCUGAAGAGUCAUGCGGUCACCAUGUUUGAGGUGGGCAAGAUGCUGGAUGAAGGGCUGGAUUCCCUCAUCUCAGAGCUCGACAAGAUACAGAGGUCAGACUCCGAGGGUGAAGCACAGAGGUACUUUGAACACGCCCUCACCCUACGCACUUCAGUCACCUUCCUACGCCACAACCGGGAGCUGUGUCCGCCCUCCCAGGAGCUCCCGCCAGCCCUAGACCUUAUACGCUGGGAGAGUCUUAGUAACUUGGACCCUGCCACCACUGCCAGGCUGCUGAAGAAGAACUAUCAGUUUCUGGUGUCCAUGGCCCCACUGAGCUACGAGAUCUCGGCCAUUGAGGGAGAAACACCACCUCACUUUGGUCCAGCAGUUCCUGAGGUUAAUUCCACCUGGUUUAAGCUGUACAUUUACCACAUCACCGGGUCAGGGCCUCCGUCACUGCUGCUGCCUCAAGGGGAGCGUCUGCGGCGACUACCUGAGUGCCUGGUGGGGUACGAGAAGGUGCUGGUGACACCCUGGGGACAUGACCCAACUGUGGUGCCCCUCGCUGCCCUCUUCACCACUGUCAAUGAGGCUCUGAUGCAUUCCCCUGUCUUCAUUCAAGCGUAUGGAUGGUACCAUGACGUUUGCAUUCAGCACAUCCCAUUCCCUCUGGAAAACUCAAAGUUAGCACAGCACCCGGCCGUCCAGACCCUAGCACGACACCUGGACCUGGACCACACCUUUGGCUACAUCAAGCUGGUGGCAUUCCCUCUGGUCGACACCCCUGGGGCCUCCUCUCUCUCAGCUGCAGAGAUCACCACAGGCAUGCCGCAGGGAACGCCAGCCACCGCCACCCCUGCCAGGCCUCUCUUGGCACCCACAUCCCCGCAGGUUGCCGAUGGGGAGGCUGGGGAAGAGGAUGCGUGUGAUGGUAGUCAGGCGUCGCUCCCCCAGGUGGUCAGUUUUGAUGAUGUGGCUAGUUUGUCGCUGGACACUGCUCGGUCAGGCCAGGAGGUUCACAGUGACCGAGGCUCCAUGACACUGCCGCUGGGAGGGCUGGCGGCGGUGGACCAGUGGCACCUUUUAGAGUGUCACUUUGGCCUGCCACUCUUUGAUGCUACACUCAACCAGCAAGUGUCCCGUAAGAUCACCACACACCAUCUCUUCAGCCCAGAAAGUGUUGAGAAGUUUAGUGAAUCAAACAAGCAUCUGGUGAGUCGUCUUCGAGAAUUCAUCAGCAACAACAAAGCACAGGGAGUCAACCCAGAGGUACGCAAGUGUGGAGGAUGUAGGGAAGGUGUCUCAAACCUCCCUCUGCCCACCACACCACUGCUCUUCUCAGGCGGGUCACUGGCGCCAUGGGAGGGGUCCUGAUGCCUUCACCCGCACCCCCAUGACCCCCACAAUGCCGCCCACCCCUUCUGAGAGAGCUGGGAGGUGCACUGAAGGGGAGAAAUGAGUCCCGUCCGUCAGAGGAAUGAGUAAGAGAGGCAGUGUUGUUGGUAGGAGUUUGGUUUGUUUUGGUUUGUGUAGAGAGGUGUUGGUGAGGUGUUGAGAGAGGAAAAGGGUCUAAUCAAAUGUAUUCUUCUAUGUGUGUGUGUCUGUGUGUGUUUAGAAGAGUCCUGUGGUGUGCGUCAAGCUCAGAAACACACACACACACACACACACACACACACACACACACACACACACACACACACACACACACACACACACACACUUCACAAAACACGCCACUCUGUCCAUACACUCAGAAACUCUAAAACACACAACUCAAUCUUAACAAGUGUAAAUAUUUUGAGUGCAUCGCAGAAAACGGAUACAAAAACACAAAAAUGAACAAGUGAUAGGAGAGAGAGAGAGAGAGAGAGAGAGAGAGAGAGAGAGAGAGAGAGAGAGAGAGAGAGAGAGAGACACACAUAGAUACAUUUUUCUUAUUCAGUCCAUCUAUGCUCUCCUUAUCCAUCACUAGUUUAAAAUGAUCUUCCUACUUCUUUCCACGUUACCAUUACCACAUACCACCCGUCUUCCAGCCACAGAUCCCUCUCACACACACACACACACACACACACACACACACACACACACACACACACACACACACACACACACACACACACACACAUCUCUCCCUCACUCACAAACUCACGAUUUCCUACCUCACUACCAACACACCCACACUCAUCCUCCUCCCUAUCUCCCUCACUCACUCACUCAUUCAUCACACACACUCAUCCUCUCCUCCCUACCAACACACCUCAGACACCCAACUCCCUCACAGUAUUGGAUUUCAGCCUUGGUACAGCCUUCACACACCACAACACAAGGGUAUGCUAGUAGAGAGUGUCUGAGAGAAGUCUGAUGUGAAAAGAUCUAUAAGAUUUAAGAGGUUUAAUUGUUGCUCCUGUUUCUGAGUUUGUGAUUUGAAGAGAUGGGAGGUGGUGUAUUGUUGCUGAGUGUUUAUAUACGGAAGACAAAGAGGAAAGUGUGUCAAUGUGUGGUUUGAUAGAGAGAAUAGUGUUAGUAUUUCAUGUGAGGGUCAUGUAUGGCUGCUCUGUGUGAGGUAAAAGUUUAUGAGACAGGAAAUGUGAUGUGAUGUGAGGGAAAUUACCAGCAAAUGUGAAUAAUGUUUUUAGCUACAGAAUCAAAGCAUUAAUGGAGACUGGAUACAUGGAAGGGGUGUUUAUGAAGAAGUGGUGAAAGUAGUGAUGAUAAAUGCCAAAAGGAAGUGUUCGAGAAAGAUGAAGAAGAAAAGGGAUAAUCGUAUAUAAAGAAAGGUGUUUGCGGAAGAUAAUGAUGUAGAAGUGAAAUAGUAAUGAAGGCAGUAUAGAGAAGAAAAACAACUUAAUCCUGGCAGAAAACAUUGUAACCUGUGAUAGAGAAGGUGUUAAUGGAGACUUAUAACCGAAGAAUGAGUGUUAAGUGAAGUUUAUGAUCAAGAAUAAGAUGUUUUACUGGUGACACUGGUACAGGAAGACAAUUAUUGAUGGUGGUUUUACAAAAGCAGUGUUUACUAAUGUCUACUGAUUAAUGGUACAAGAAGUGUUGAUGACUUCAGCAGUAUAGAAAGGCAAGAGAGAAGUAAUGUUUAUUGAUGUCAAGAGUGCAGAAAAAAAAUGUUAUGAAUUCUGAUGAUGUUGAAAGAAAUGGUUUGUUGAUAAGUGAUGAUACAGAAGCAGAAGAGAACCAGUUAUUGAUGUUAAGAAAGAAGUUUUAUUGAUUCUGGCAGUAUAGAAGGACAUUGUUUAUUGAUAAGUGAUGAUACAGAAGCAGAAAAGAACCAUUUAUUGAUGUUAAUGGUAAAGAAAGAAGUGUUAUUGAUUCUGGCAGUAUAGAAGUAUUGUUUAUUGAUAAGUGAUGAUACAGAAGCAGAAGAGAACCAUUUAUUGAUGUUAAUGAUAAAGAAAGAAGUGUUAUUGAUCAUGGCAGUAUUGGAAGAAUCAGUUUAUUCAAUAGUGAUACAGAAACACAAGAGAAGUGUUAAUGAUUCUGCCCGUAGAGAAAGAAAGACAGUUUAUUGAAUAGUGGUGAUACGGAAGCAAAAGAGAAUCGUUAAAUGGUGUUAAUGGUGAAGAAAGAAGUGUUAUUGAUUCUUGUGGCAUAGAAACAUUUAUUGAAAGUGGUGAUAUGGAAGCAGAAGAGAAAUGUCAUUGAUUCUGGUGGCAUAGAGAGACAUUUUUGAGAUAAGAAUACAGAAGUGGGUCUCUCUCUCUCUCUCUCUCUCUCUCUCUCUCUCUCUCUCUCUCUCUCUCUCUCUCUCUCUCUCUCUGUUCUAAGGGGUGUAGAGCGCAGGGAAGGGUUGCAACAUUCCAGGACGGGCUGAGAUGUGUCUAUGCAGUAAUAGUGUCAAAAAUAUAAACCGAAAACCAGGAGGUGUCGUGAAAAUUGUAGUCGUCAGGUGAAUAGUUACAAUAGUAGUAGUUGGACGAUGCAAGUUGUGAAUAUUAAUGGUAGGUAGUUGUAGUAGUAGUAGGUAGGAGAAGCAGCACAAGAAGUAAUAGUAACCAGGAGCUGUUAUAACAAGGGGAGCCAUUACAGUCUAGCCACUGCAGUCUAACACCGAGUCAUUCUCACGUAACAGGAAAUCAAAAUAGAAGGUUUUACGACACGAAACAGCACCACAACUCAAUAUCUGUGUGUAUUUUGUGUAUUUACGUAUUACUCCGCCUGCUCCCCUCCUCCCCACCCUUCCCAUACCAGCCUUCAUAAUGGGGAGUGUCAUGAAUAGUGUUUUUCCAGUCAGUACAUAUUUUUCCAAACUGCGAUAACUUUACUGGGAUAAAAAAAAAAGAAAAAGAAAAAAAAGAUGAUUUUAAGGGAGAUAUUAUUUUAUUCUAGUCUUUUUAUUUUUAUUUUUAUUUGUUUCAUUUACUUUAUUAUUUUUAUUUUUUCAGUGUUAAGUCUUCCAAUACUUUUUUUUUCCCUUCAGUGUUUUAAAUCUUCCAAUACAGUUAUUAUUUAUUUAUUUAUCUAUUUAUUAUUUUAUUUAUGUAUUGUGUAAGGUUGACAUGAAUGGCGCUGUGUCUGUUUCCAAGGCUGUAAGACUGUAGUGGCUAAGAUUAAGAUGGUUACACUACUCUAUUUGCAGUAGUAGUAGCAGUUGUAGUUGGUUUUAUGAUAGUAAUGUAAUAGUAAGUGUUGGAAUAGUAGUAGGAAUAGGAAUGUUAGUAGUAGUAGUAGUAGUAGGAAUGUAGUAGUAGUAGUAGUAGUAGUAGUAGCUGCCACAUUUGAAAUAGUAAAGAUUAGCACACACUAUAUCGCCAAACAUAUCACAACUCAUGCCACUAACACAGACAAUCACCUUUAAUUCACCACCAUCACCACCACCACCUUCACUGCCCCCCACCAGCCCUCCUUCCUUCAGUCCCCCACCUCCUUUCAACACUUUACUCAGAUUUAAAAGGCAACAAAGCACCAAGAAUUCUAUGAUGCUGUCAAUUUUAUGCGUCAUUCUCAGCGGUCUCAUGUUUUUUCAGUUUUCCGAAGGGCGAGUGGCUAUGAAGUGCUUGAGAUUCUUUGACACUGAUUUUUCUUUAUUUUCGAGUUAUUUUUCACUUAAUUUUGCCUUCAAUGUUAGUUUGUGGUGUUUAGUUUACAGUCCAUCUUUUGAAUCUAACGUGUAAUUUUGUGAUGCCUUGAAGUGUUUUAAAAUGUUGCCUAUUUUUGUGAUUCAUUGAUAGAUUUAUAUGGCUUCACUUUCUCUCAUUGUCUUUCACUUUCAGAUGUCUUAGGGAGGUUGAUUUUCUGAUUCUAGAGUGACAGAUUGCCACUUUCACUUUCCUUCAUUUGUUACUCAAUUGUCUAGUUAACUGGUUAGGUUAGAUUAGAUUAGUUUAGGUAAUUCAUUCUGUGGCUCUAGACUGACAGAUUGCCACCUUCACUUUCCCUCACAUGUCACCUUUUUUAUUUAUUUAUUUACUUUUUUUUAUGUAAGAGGGAGAACUACCAAGGGCAAAAAUGUGGAUAUUAAAAAAAAAAAAAAAGGCCACUGGAAUUGUAGCCUCCAUAAAAGAUUCAAAAGAGUUAGUUUAUUGGUUAGGUGAGGUGAGGUGAGGUUAGGUAACUCAUUCCAUGGCUCCAGAGUGACAGAUUAGCAUCUUUGUUUUGUCUCACCUGUCAGUCAAAUGUUUAGUUAAUUGGUUUGGUCAGAUAACAUUCCAUGGUUCCAAAUUAACAUGACUUUUUCUCUUCAAACAUCUGCCAAUAACGUAACCUGACUUUACUCAUUCCACGGUUCCAGAUUGGCAUUUAACUUUCUUCUCUUCAAACGUCAUAUUUCCCUCUAACUUAACCUAACCUAACUCAUUCCACGGUUCCAGAUUGACUUUCUCUCUUCAACGUCACAUUGCCGCCUUGUAUAGUGACUCACUUUGGACACAUCACCACCAUCACUUCCUCACACUUCACUCACAUUCAUCACCGCACAUCUGUACAUAUUGCAGCACACCCCACUCACCUCUCGCCAGACGCCAGCACACCGCCACUGACCACCAGCACACCCACCGCCAGCCACCAGCCAUAUCAUCCACUGCCCGCCGCCCCCUCCACCUCUCCACCAGUCCACGUCCAAAGCUUCUAUCCACAAAAUAGUGAACGCAUCCAUGUUUAUUGAAUUGAUAACUUUCACUCAUGGCGUCUUUUUCCCCAUGUGUGUUUCCCAUUUGUGAUUUGCCUGUGGUUGCUUAAAUUAGGUAGAUUUGACUAGAGAAUAUUAGGUUAGGUUGAGUUAGAUUUGGUUUGAUUAGAUUAGAUAAGUUAGGUUAGGCUAGGUUAAGUUAGAUGAGGUUAGGUUAGGUUAGGUUAGAGUCAAAUAUUUUAUCAUGGGGACAUUUUUCAUGGUGGAAUCUGAGUGAAUAUAUCCUUCCACUACUUAUAGAACUAAAAACCCAAUAUACUUUACCCCCAUAAGCAUUUCUUCCAUAGUAAAUCCCAUUGUUAGGUGAGCUUAGAGUAACUUCAAACUCAGCAUGUGGGGAUUGUCUUAGGUGGAACUUGACCAGAGAACAUAAGUGGAGUGAAUGACGGAUUAUUGUUGGACUAUUGGAGUGUUCUGAGUGACCAAGGAACGGCCAAACCAGGGAUCGAUACCAAGUGCUUCCAGGGGCAAGGCGGUGAUGGGAAAUGACAGGGAGUAGAUGAGAGUGAUGGGAAGCGACAGAAAAUGGCAGGAAAUAAGUAAGAGUGAUGGGAAGUGAAGAAAAGUGAUGGGGGGGUGACAGAAAAUGACAGGGAAGUAAAUGAGAGUGAUGGGAAGUGAUUUGAAGUGAUGGGGGAUGAAGGGAGAUAAUGGUGGAAUAACAGAAAGUGAUGGGGAGUGAAGGAAGUGACUUGAAGUGAUAAAGAGUGAAGGGAGGUUAUGGAAGGGUAACAGGAAGUGAUGGGGAGGGAUAGGAAAUGAUUUGGGAUGAUGGGGAGUGACAAAGGGAUGGUGGGAAGUGAUGGGAACUGACAGAGAUUGAAGGGAGGUUGACUGAGAGUAACAGUAAGGGAAGGAGAGUGGUUUGGUGUGACGGGGGAGUGAAGGGCAGUGACGAGGGUGAUGGGAAGGUGAAAGAGAGUGACAGGAAGUGAAGAGAAGUGAAAUGUGAUGAUGGGAGGUGACAGGAAAUGAAGGGAGGGUGACAGAAAGUGAAGGGAGAGUUGACAGAGUGACAGGGAAGCAAACAGAGGUGAUGGGAGGUGAUAGGAAAUGAAGGGGGAUGAUGGAAGUGACAGGGAGUGAACAGGGGUGAUGGGAAUUGAAGGGAGGGUUGACAGAGUGACAGGAAGUGAAGGGAGGUGAUGGGGAGUGACGGGAAGGGAUUUGAAGUGACGUAGGGUGCCAGGGUGAUGGGGGAGGAACAUCGGGGGGGAGCCUUGCGUGUCUGUGCCAAAGGGUGUUGUACAUUGCCAAUAUAUCACUGUACAGAGUUGAUUGUGACUCUUUUUGACUUCAUUGUUGUUAUUUUGUGUUGAUUUUGAGCCAGUGUCAUAUCACAAGCUUUUUUUUUUUUUUUAUUUGUAAGUUCAUUUUUUUGUUUGGUGUGUUUGUUUUAAGCCAGUGUAGACUCGGCUUCCUAUUUAUCGUAGUUUAUUUUCUUUGUGUCUCAGUGAAAGGUUAUGUUAAUCAGCUGUUAUGUGCUUGUUUUGUCGCUGAAGCUUUCCUAUGUAUUAAUUAAUAGAUUCCUGCUAUAUGUACGUUUAUUUAUGCAUUUUCGGAGGCUGUCGUUGAAGAUUCAGAGAGUGUACGUAUGUGUGUGUGUGAGAAAGACUUUGAAUUCCCAAGAGGUGGUUAAGACACUGUGUGAAUAUUGAAAUGUGAAAUGAUUUAAGUUCCAAGGUAUGUGUAACUCUCAAUACAAAGAUAGUUAGUCAAGACACAGUGUAAAGAUAAGAAGAUGAAAUAAUUGAAGUUCCGAGAUAUGUACAACUUUCAAAACAGAGAGAAUAAGGUCAAGAAUAAGGUGAAUAUUAGAAGUUAAGUUUCCAUGUGUGUGUGUGUGUGUGUGUGUGUGUGUGUAAAACUUUCAAAACCGAGAGAGAGAGAACUGGUGAAGACUGUGACUAGAGGAACAUGACAUGAAAGAUGGUGCUUUUAACCUUACACUAGAGCAGAUCAUGCCUUACUGUACAUCCUUGCCCAUCCAUUACCACAUCCAGCUUCACCAGACAUACUUGAUCAGUACGUUUUGCACUAAAUGAUUAUAUAGUCACCUGUAGUGGAAUAAGUUAUCUAAGCGAAUAUAUCUUACUUUAUUUAUAAGGCUAGUAUCACAGCAUAGAGUUACAGAGUUAGUCAGGGAUUACGGGGACUAGAGGGGCUAGGUGAGGGGCCGGAGGGAGGAGUCACUAGAGAGAAUGUAAAUAAGAGGAGCUGAAGGGAAUCUAGAUGAAAGAGAGUAUAGGAAAAGUGAAGUAGUGAUAGAUGAAAAGAAGUGAGAAUUGGUGUAGAGAACAAGAAGUAAUAAGGAAGUAGAGUAAUAUGAGGGAGGGUUUAAAGUCCGCAAGAAAUCAGAAGACAAACGGGAGUAGUUUUUAGUGGUAUAGAGUGAAUGAAUGUAGGAAAUGUGUGAAGAUAUCUAAGUCCAAGAAGAUUCAGGUGAGUAAUAGGAGUUAGUGAAGCAAAGAUAGAGACUAGAGAAGGUCGUAGAAGAUUUGAUAGAUAGAAGUCAAGUUGAGAAGAGGGAAUAGUGAAAGAGAAAUUUAUAGAUACAGUAGAGGAGACUUGUGGACUGAUAAAUAGAUAGAUAGAGCUACAAAUAAAUAAAGUACUGAAAGGAAGAUAGAUAACACAUGUACCAUAGAAAAAAUUAUUAAGAACAGAUAGAUAGAUAGGUAAAUAAGAUAGAAAUAAAAGAAAGUGCUAUAAGAUAUUAAUGAAUGGUGCAAUAGGAAGGUAAACAAACAACUAUUAGUUCUUGUAGCCAGAAAACCAGUCAGUACUAGGCAUUUGAAGGACACCACUCUUAAAUCCCAGGAGAUGAGGAAGGGGGAAAGUGUGGUAGGAGUGAAAGAGAGAGUAGUCACAUCAAGCACUUAAACUGAUUGUGGUUCUGGCUACAAGGAUGACCAGGAACCAGUUGUCUUUGUACGUGGGUUUAGAUUACUGAUUGUGAUAUGUGGAAGGCGGAUUAGAAGAGUGUUGAUUUAUAUAAAGGUGCUGUAAAUAUUUGAGAUGUAAGGUUAUGGGAUGAGGGAGGCAAUAUUGGUAAGAGGAAACUGUGGAGUAAGAAAUUAAAUAGAAGCAUGGAAUUAGGAGGCAUGUUGGAAAAGAAUAGUUUGUGAGGUAGAAUGAGAAAUAUAGAUGGAAAAGUGAGUGUGGUUGACAGAUUGGGAAAGGAAAAGAUAAUUACUAGUUUUAAAAAAGGUACAAUGAAACAAAGAAGAGAAGUUUAGCAGUUAUAGAAUGGAUAAUGUGUAGUGGAGGACCUACUUUUGAUAGAAUACACAAAUUUUGAUAGUCUAGGGAAGGUGAAGUGAAGUUUGUGAGGGAAAGAAUAGAAGCAGGAAUGAAAUUAAUUGUGAGAAGAUAGAAUGGAAUGAGGAAUAGUUUAUGAAAGAGUAGAUGUGAAAAUAGAAAAUCCUCAUGAGAUUGUUGGGAAAUUAAACAAAAAGAAGAACAGUUUAUGAAAAAGUUGGCAUAGUAAAAGAAAACCCUAUAAAGAAAUUUGAAGAGGCAGAAUUGAAAGAGAAAGUUUAUGAAAGAAUUGGUGUACAGAUAAAAAUAGUCUUGAGGGUAGAAUUGGAAUGUUUAUCAGAGAGAAUAGAUUUGCAAGGUCCUCAUUAGAUACACUUACACUGCAUCCAUGGGUGUGUGUGAGUGUGAGUGAAAUGUGGUGCCAAGACGAGUGUUGGCUUGCUUCACAGAAAGACAAGGCUGAGAGACAGAAGACAGGGAGGCAGGGUGUGUGUACAGGAAGGCAGGGAAGCAGUGUGUGUACCAUGCAGGGAACAAACCUUUCCAUGAAGACCAAAGCGAACAAAAUAUUGAAUAAUCGUCAUGCGUUUUGUUACCACAGUGUACUAUAUCAGUUUGUCCUUUCCCCCUUCAUUCCAGGAGUAACAAGUCAUCUGUAUACUGUUACAACUCACAUUCCAUAAAAUAUAUGAUCAUUAAUUA